GACUCAGCUCUGCCAGUUUCAAGAUCGCUAAUUAUUAAAUAGUCUUUCAUGCUUACCUCAACCUUCACCCACCUCCUCCUCUCCUCCCUUAGUGACUAUGAUGUAACGCUGUCUGGCAUCGGUGUUCCUGGUAUCUGGUUGAAUGUCUGAGUACCUAUAAGAUCCGGAAGUAGCCAAACAACAAAAAAAAUGGAUGAUGAGGCGCUAACAAGAACUGGAUGACACACACGCAGCUCCCUCCCCGAGCCUGCAGGGGGCGCCGCGCCUCCCCUCACACGGCGCGAAGCCUCUCUAGCCAGGCUGGAACUCGGUGGCAGCGCCGGGCUGCACGUCCCGACACCUCUUCCCAGAGAAGACUGAACGAACUACCUCAGGACCCCUCCUCUGGACCCUUCCUCUGUCCCCGACGCUGAGCCGACACCAUGCAUGGGCGCCUGAAGGUGAAGACGUCUGAAGAGCAGGCAGAAGCCAAAAGGCUAGAACGGGAGCAGAAGCUGAAGCUCUACCAGUCAGCCACUCAAGCUGUCUUCCAGAAGCGGCAGGCUGGCGAGCUGGACGAGUCAGUGUUAGAACUGACAAGCCAGAUUCUGGGAGCCAACCCUGAUUUUGCCACCCUAUGGAACUGUCGCCGAGAAGUGCUCCAGCAGCUAGAAACCCAGAAGUCCCCCGAGGAGUUGGAUGCUCUUGUGAAGGCAGAGCUAGGCUUCCUAGAGAGCUGUCUACGUGUGAACCCUAAGUCCUAUGGCACCUGGCACCACCGCUGCUGGCUGCUAGGCCGCCUGCCUGAACCCAACUGGGCUCGGGAGCUGGAACUGUGUGCCCGCUUCCUCGAAGUGGAUGAGCGGAACUUUCACUGCUGGGACUACCGGCGAUUUGUAGCUGCACAGGCUGCUGUAGCUCCUGCAGAGGAACUAGCCUUCACUGAUAGCCUCAUCACCCGGAACUUCUCCAACUAUUCCUCCUGGCAUUACCGCUCCUGCCUCUUGCCCCAGCUGCACCCCCAGCCAGACUCUGGCCCACAGGGACGCCUCCCUGAAAACGUACUGCUGAAAGAGCUGGAGUUGGUGCAGAACGCCUUCUUUACUGACCCCAAUGAUCAGAGUGCCUGGUUCUAUCACCGCUGGCUCCUGGGUCGGGCGGAGCCCCAGGAUGUUCUGCGUUGCCUACAUGUGAGCCGCGAUGAGGCCUGUCUGUCAGUCUGCUUUUCUCGUCCCCUGACAGUGAGCUCCAGGAUGGGGACUUUGCUGCUUAUGGUUGAUGAGGCACCUCUGAGUGUGGAGUGGAGGACUCCAGAUGGCAGGAACCGGCCCAGCCAUGUCUGGCUAUGUGACCUGCCUGCCGCCUCUCUCAACGACCAGUUGCCCCAGCACACCUUUCGUGUCAUCUGGACAGCAAGUGAUGCCCAGAAGGAGUGUGUGCUUUUCAAAGGCCGCCAGGAGUGCUGGUGCCGAGACUCAGCCACUGAUGAGCAGCUGUUCAGGUGUGAGCUGUCGGUGGAAAAGUCCACAGUGCUACAGUCCGAGCUUGAAUCUUGUAAGGAGCUACAGGAGCUGGAGCCUGAGAAUAAAUGGUGCCUGCUGACCAUCAUCCUGCUGAUGCGGGCACUGGACCCCCUCCUCUAUGAGAAAGAGACGCUGCAGUACUUCCACACCCUCAAAGCUGUGGACCCAAUGCGAGCAGCCUACUUGGAUGACCUGCGCAGCAAGUUCCUGCUGGAAAACAGUGUCCUCAAGAUGGAGUAUGCCGAGGUGCGCGUGCUGCACCUGGCUCACAAGGAUCUGACAGUGCUCUGCCAUCUGGAACAACUGCUCUUGGUCACUCAUCUAGACCUGUCACAUAAUCGUCUCCGAGCCCUGCCCCCAGCCCUGGGUGCUUUACGUUGUCUUGAGGUGCUGCAGGCCAAUGAUAAUGCCCUAGAGUCCUUGGAUGGCGUGGCUAACCUUCCCCGGCUGCAGGAGCUGUUACUAUGCAAUAACCGUAUCCUUCCUUCUGUCUGUUUUGCAGACAGCUCAUAGGGACCCGCCUCUUCUCGUAUCCAAAGUGACACACAAAACAAUCUCACAGUGAAACCCUUUGGCUGACCUGCCACAUACCGGCCUUGAAUUUUGAUUUCCACUUGUGUAAACUGAAGGUGUUGGAAGUGGCGGAAAACCUCUGCUAGGCUCCAGGGCUUGCCAGCUCAAUGGGGAAAAACCCUCAUGAUGCCUGCCUGGUCUGUGGUCUAAAACAGGAGGAUUGCUGUGAUUGCUGUGACUUCAAGAUCUGCCUGGGGACUAUGUGUAAAACCAUUCCAAAACUACCCAGAAAGUCAGUGUGUGUAUGUGUGUGUAGAACUUGGAGCUUCUGUUCCUACUCCCUGAGAUAUCUCUGCACAAGAUACAUUUCCAAACAAAUUGUUGCCA